AUGAGAUUUAGGCUACUAACCGGUUGUGUUGAAGAUCUAGAUUCUCUGAUUGUUGUAUACAAACGGUGCAGAGUGCCUGCCGUGGAUCAAAUGGAGAGAAAAGCUUUCUUCGGUGCUGUCUGGGACAUGGCAGUUCGCCUUAUGGGGAAGCAGGCCCGUCAACAUCCAUUUUGGUGCCUAGAAGAUCAGCGAACAAAAACUUGGACUCGCUUCUUCGUUGAACUGAUCAAUGAAGGCGUAGAUGUCCACAGAGUCUGCAACUUCCAGGUCUACUAUGGAUUUAAUCACUUACCGAGACCCGGAACCCUGCUUUUCCAUCUUACUCGAAGCUCUGACUGCCACUAUAUAGUCGGAGCUGCCCUUUCUCACUGGGUAAGGAUUUUGCUGGUGGCUGAGAUUGAUAUUGCCAAGUAUCUUCAACGCGAAGAACCCAGUUUCCCGCAAUACAUCGAUUGGUUGUUCCCCCCAUGCAAGGCCAGGGCAUGGUUUACAGUGGCAGGCACAACAAAGAUCGAAGGCUUUGACGUACCUCUGUUGCAUCGGUAUGUCGACCCGUAUAGCAAAGCAUACGAAGUCAGGAACGAGUUUAAAAACUUUGGCAAACUUCUCAAAGGCCAUGUUUGGCCCGAUCACGGACACUUGUCGACAAUAAAAAACACGCAUUGUCAGCAGCACGUGUUGUGGAAAUCUUGCGAGAUCGAUGAACUCGAAGAGAGUGAAUGGCCAUUUGUUUCCAACCUUGUACGGGACUAUGAACCGAGUGACCCUUUUCCUUAUUGGGACUAUCGACACCCCGACGGCAAUCCUCCUGCAAGUUUCCACUACGCCCAGAGACUUAUGCAGGAGAGGUUCAACAGAAGGCAGUUGAAAAAACUCUACCGAUCUGGAUAUCUCAAAAGAGAAAAACGACCGUUGAAGAUACCAGGAGCUUGGCCAGAUUCCGCAUGGUAG